AUGUAUUCAGGCUCCCCACACUCGUCCUCGGACAGCAAUGAAAACUUCGAUGCAACCCCAGAGAGCAAGCUAACUGCUUUCUCUCCUGAGGAUCGAAGUGUAGCUGCAAAGUCUUUUGGUGUGAAGGUUGGUGGUGCUCCUCUUACAGCAGGUCACCAUGAUCCUUUUGUCACAAACACUUCCAAGAACAAGGAGGUGAAGCUAUCUGCCACCGCAUCUACUUUUCAACCGUACGCUAUUAACGCUACUUCAAGUGCGUCAGCCAUCCCGGCUACACGCGUUCGAAGCUCAUCUACGACGCCAGGCACACUUGAAUAUCUUCAAAAGGAGACACUUAAUGCCGGUGAAGUUGAUCAUUUUGGCACCUUUACAACAGCUACUGGUGCGUCCAGAUGUAUGAAGGUCACCAGCCUUUACGGGGCUAAUGCUCAGCAAUUAGUCGAGGCAUCGCUGGCAAGAUUGGAAAAGUCCGAGGGCUUUAAUCGUAAAGGUGCAGAGCCUCGCAUUGUCCCAAUCAAUUCUUCCACAGUUUUCAUUCGCGAAUCGAACAUCGCUGAUGCCGCCCGCGUAUACACAAGCCUGAAAAUUGAUAACCUAGAAAAUUUGGAGGUUUCCUACGUUUCUCCUUCUGUAUAUGGUCAAUUUGUGUCACCUAAUUCUGGGGCUAUUUCAUCCCACGAAGGCCAGGUAUAUCUUGAGGUCGUCUAUCCUGCUGGUGCUGCAAUCAACAAGCAUGAAGUUGAAAAGGGACUGAUGAAUCUGCUGGCUGUCGAGGGAGUCUUGUGCUCCUGGCAAAAGAUUCCGUCCAACCAAGAAGGUGUCUUUCUCUUGCUCGCCGAAUUUGCCGAUGCUUCGUGCGCUCCUCGAGCUGUGCAGAGAUUGAACCAGAUGAAGAUUGACGGCAUUGGGGCAAUCUCCAUCACGGCAAAACAGCACGCUCCAGAUACGCUUGCUCCCCCGAAGCCAAGCAAUAGUCCAGCAAAGACCCCAACUCGGCAAUCGACAGAUCGUUUGGGUCGCCUUACCGACCAGUUUGGUAGUAUGGGACUCCAUCGUGCUGACAGCUCAGAGCAAGACUCAAGUGUUCCGAACUUGUCGAGUCCUAAUAUGACUUCUGGGACAAGCCCAUCCUCAUCAGGUCGUCCGAGUCCCUACGGUCAUAUGCUCAACAGGACCCCAGGAUCUAUCGAUCGUUCAAACGCGUAUAGUGCAAGCAUGGCCAUGCAGCGUACACCUGGUUCAAUUAACCGUUCUUCGGGUUUUAACGGACAAAAUAGCACUUUACACACCCCAGGCUCAAUUGACCGUUCCAAUUCCUACCUUCCAGCAAGUAUGACAGGAGGACUGGCAUAUCUUCCCGCGAACCCGUUCACCAUGCCGCAAGGUGUGCCGGUCAUGCUUGGAGGUCUCUAUGCUAAUACAGCUCCCACUUCAUUACAACAGCCCCUGGUGACCCCCACGCAUCUCUCUGCAACCGCAAUGCAAGCACUUAGCCCGCAUCUGUAUGCAAGCCCUCCUUUUUACCAAUAUCCUGGCCUUGAUACGUCCAAUAUCAGUCCCGUUGCCUUUCAGCACCAGAGCAUGGGCAUGCCAUAUUCCCCAGCUACGCCUGUCAACACACGAGAGCUCAGCCCAUUCAAUCGAUCAACUUCUGGCAGCCGCCGCCAGAAUGCAGUCAAGGUGCCCCCUCAUGCACGCCGUCAUCACCCAAACCCAGCGGCCGGUCAGCAUAAUCACGUCGAUAUCGCUCGUAUUCAGGAGGGCUUGGAUGUGCGCACUACUGUUAUGUUACGAAACAUUCCAAACAAGGUGGAUCAGGCUAUGUUGAAGGAAAUCGUUGACGAGUCAAGUUUUGGGAGAUACGACUUCAUGUAUCUCCGCAUUGACUUCUCUAACAAUUGCAAUGUUGGAUACGCCUUUAUCAAUUUUGUUGAUCCUCUUGACAUCGUCCAAUUUGUCGAGGCACGCAGUAAUCAGAAGUGGCACCGCUUCAAGAGUGACAAGGUCGCUGAAGUUUCUUACGCAACUAUCCAAGGUCGCGACUGUCUCAUUCAAAAGUUUCGGAACUCAUCUGUGAUGCUAGAGCCGGAACAUUAUAGGCCAAAGCUGUUUUUCACUUUCCACGACCCGUUGAAUCGAGCUGGCUGUGAAGACAAAUUCCCAUUAUCUGACAAUGCUUCCAAGUUGAAGCGAAGUUGUGAGAAUGCCGAGCAUGUUGGUCUCUUUGCUCCCAGUGCUGGUCAGCACUUGAGAGACGAGCAACGCCGUCGCCGAUCGCAAUAUGAUCGGGGUACCAGCUUGGCUGAGAGGGAAGAGUACGAUCUUGAGAUAUUUGAGCCUUUUGAUAACACCCAAGGUCUUUACAACUUUCAUUCUUAUUAA